AUGCGUUUCACUGCCGCUUCUGUCGUCGCCUUGGCUGCUGGCGCCCUCGCCUCGUCCAGCUCCAGCGCUGUGCCCUCCGUCGUCACCGAGGUCGUCACCUCCUACGAGACCUACUGCCCUGAGGCCACCACCUUUGUCGCCGGUAGCUCGACUGUGAGCGUCACCACGCCCGGUACCUACACCUUGACUGGUACCUACACCGUGACCCGCCCUCUCCUGAGCUCCACCGUCACCGUCUGCCACACCUGCGGCACCGUCGGCCCCACCGCCCCUGUCCCUGUCGGCACUGGCUCCCCCAAGCCCUACACCAGCGUCGCUCCCGCCCCCGGCACUGGCUCUAGCACUACUUCUUCCGCUGUCUCUCCAGCCUACACCGGUGCUGCUCCCCAGGUCGCUGCUGGCGCUGGUGCAGGUCUCGCCGCUGUCUUCGGUGCUGCUGCUUUCUUGCUUUAA